AUGCUCAACCAACCAUACGAUGGACGGCCGCCUGGCUUCACGCGCACGCCGACUGUCGGCCCCGUUGUGCAGCUGAGCGUCCGCACACGAGGCUGGGCGUAUAUUGGCACGUUUGUGGGGGCUCUCUUUGAUAUGCAUGCAGACCCUGGUGAGAUGCGCAAUCUCGCCUACUCUGACUCCGCUGCGGCGGUGCGAUGGUGGCUGCUCCGGCUAGUGCUGCAAGAGUGGGAUGUGACACUUGCGUCGUCGCCAAACGCGACACGAUGGGAACGCGCCGAGUGGCUGCGCAAAGGAAAGCGGCGGAGUCGCAAGGUCCAGGGGUCGUUGUGCUUGUGGCGGGCCACCCCGCUCUCCACUCAUCCAAUCUCAAGUACACCCCCCAAAACUGGGUACCACAUCGUCUGA